AUGGCUGAGGCCGCCGUGCCAUCCGUCGACAGGGGACUGCGUGAGCUCUUGUGUGAGCGUCACCUCACUGGCUGGGCGACGCCCUACCCCGUCAGGAGGCGGGCCAAUCAGACGGAGGCCGUGGCUGUGCAAGAGGCAAUGGACAGGUCAGCAACACGAGACAGAGAAACCAUUCCAUGCGAGUGUCUUCCUUUGGUCAUCUGAUCUGUCAACCAAACCAGGUUUGACGAGGGUUUCCGUGAGUCUGUCGAGUCCACGGUGUCUGCCAUCAGCAGGGCCAUCGCGUUGCAAAAGGAAACCACGGCACAGGACCAGGUAGGUGACAGAUACACCAAACCACGCACGCACACUUGGGGCACUGAUACACACUGAUAUACACAUACUGAUACACAUACACACAGUUACUGCACGAGAAGGCUAAGGAGAUCAUCAGGAACGGAGCGGCAGCGGCGGAGGGCCAGAAGAGACGUCCGAUGAUGCGUUCAAAGACGUAAGCAGCUACACAGACACAGGAGACACACCAAGGCAACGUCGUUGCUGAUUGGGUUGUGUUGUGUUGUGUGCCCAGCUGUUGAUGGGCGAGUCGGCUGAGGGGGGCGGUGCGGGGCUGAAGGACACGAGAAGACAACUCGACCAAAUGGUAAGAGGCGAGGCAUGCACUCUCACCUGUAUGUCAAAUCAGUCAUCUAUUCCCCUGUGUCUGUCUCUUGGCUGCGUGUCUGUCGGCAGGGGAACAGCAUCCCUCCUCCCUAUCCCUUCCUGUCAUCAUCACAAGCCGAAUCUCUUGUCCCCCACAGCAUCGAUCAAGCCGCGGCCCAGCCGCCACCACGCACGCAGCAGAAGAGGCGCCCGUCUCUGGAUGAGGCUCGUGGCUGGGCUGAGGUGACACACUGA